GUUGUUUUGUCGUCAUAUUAGUAGGAUCCUAAUUGCUUGCAUGUUUUUCGGGGGAUUUGUGAAGCUAUCUUGAGUGCAGAGUGACUGCAUCAUUGACAGAGCGCAUGCCAGACUGGUGGUUUGUGGUUUGUCAUGUGGGCAAAAGGGAAAUUUCGAGUUUGGGGUGCAAGUAUGCUAUUAAGGAUGGAAGAACUGCUUUACAGGGAGAUUGCCUUUGAGUGCUCAUAGCCAUCCCAUUUAUGCCAGUGGCUCGGUGUGUAGCUGAGCAGAGAGAGACGGACAGCUGGAUAGGAAAUAGCGCCUUGAGGGGGCCAGGGAGUUUGUGUGUGUAAAAACGAAAUCAAGUAGGCCAAAGUUUCCAGCUCAUCAUCUUAAGUGUUCACCUGUUGAAGAUACCGAGGAUGUUUCUCAGGUUGAACAAGUGCAACAAGAGCCUGUCCUAAAUGUGUUCAACAGCCAACUACGUCCUCCAACCAAGGAGAAGUUGUGAGGUAUCUGGCAGGUUGUGUGGUGGAGUGUCCUCUAAUUUUCACGGAGGUAGAUCUCAUGGCACACAGGACCCAGACAUGGACAUGGCCUGGCAGGAACUAAUGGCCAUAUCUGAGCUGCAGGGGUUAGAGGAAUCUCCUGGUGAAAGCUCCUAUGAAGCAACACAAUACCAAAGCAUUGAGACAAUGGUUCCUAUAGCAGCAUAUGGGACAGGCGCCGCCCACUCCGAGCCUGCGCCUUCUGCAUAUGAGAACACUGCGCAUACAUAUGAUGGAGGUUACUCUGAGGAGGCCUGUCAUCGCACACAGGCACUGUGCGCGCACCCUGGACAUGCGCUCAACCAGAGCUUGCCGACCAUCUCAUCUCAACCUCACCACUUGCUCGCAGCUCUCCCUGAACAUAUGAGCUUGUCAGGUACCAGUCAAGGGCACAGAAGGCCCAAUAGCAGCCUUCCUCAUGUUCCAGGGGGUCGGUGCAUGAUGUGGACUGUACAUGGAAAUAGUUCACAUGCUUGUUCGGCUGACGAUCUGGAGUCAGACUCUGGUUUGUCUCUGGGCUCCAGUCCACCUUUAGCUUCACCCGAAAAUCCUCCUGCUGGGGUACCGGGUUACAGAAGUGUUGACAUGGCCAUUUCACGUGCUGAACCAGAAUGCACGGCUGGACACAAUAAAGGAGCCCACAUCAACUACCUGACAGACUACCACAGUCUGUCUGACUCAUAUUUACACUUAGGGGAACAGCCUUAUUUCACAGCUCAGCAACAUUUAAGCCAUUCUCAACCUAAUGCUUUGAUCCUUCAAACUGUGAAACAUGAGUCUUUAGGGGACCUUUACAACUCUGUACCGCCCAGUAGUGGGAGAUGGCAACACAACGUGCAUACAAAACCUCCAGGAAGCCUACAGACACCACCAGCGAGCAGGGAUGAGAGGCGAGCCAUGGCGUUGAAGAUCCCCUUCCCCAUAGAGAAGAUAAUAAACCUGCCAGUGGAGGAUUUCAAUGAGCUACUGACGCAGUGCACCCUGACUGAUGCCCAACUUGCACUAAUAAAGGACAUCAGGCGAAGGGGCAAGAACAAAGUGGCAGCUCAAAACUGCCGCAAGCGCAAACUGGACAGCAUAAAUCACCUUGAACAAGAGCUGGGUCAACUGCAGGCCCAGAGGGAGAACCUGGUGCAGGAGAAGUUAGAGUUCCAGCACAGCUUGGCUUACAUUAAGCACCACCUUACAGACCUGUAUGCUGAAGUAUUCUCUCACCUGAGAGACGAAACCGGAAAACCAUAUUCAAUAGACGAGUACUACUUACAGCAGACUCCAGAUGGCAAAAUAUAUUUAGUGCCUCAAACAGUGCAGAAGAGAGAACAAUGCUGAAGAAUGUGUACAUCAGCUAUAUUUACUGAAAACAUUGUGCCAACCUUCAAAAUAGACAUAAGUAAAAUCUGGAGAUUUUAUAUAAUGUACACAAUUUAUGUACAAAUAAAUCACAAGACAUGUUUUAUAAAAAAAAAAUAAAAUUUUAUUUAAAAAAACAAAAAGUACAAAAAUAGUCCCCCCCAAAAACACAUCUUAGAUGUCUCUGCUCUUGUUCUCGACUAGAUAGAGCUCUAGUCUGACCUGGACGAAUAUCUUCAGCACCAAUUCAUCAUUCUGUGGAAUUCUACAAAAUGAAAAGUCUGUCACCUUCACAGUAUCUACACCAAGGAGUCAUGUGUGUUUGCUAGAUUUGUGUGUGGGCGGGGGGGAUACAUAUGCACAAUUUAGUGCAAAGACCAUAACAGAUGUACAGUACAGGCCAAAAGUUUCGACACACCUCAAAUCAAUGAGUUUUAUUUUCAAGACUAUUUACAUUGCCAAAACUAUGAAUGAACACAGUAACUAUCCAUCCAUUUUCUAUGCCGUUUCUCUUCCUUAGGGUCGCGGGGGUAUGCUGGAGCCUAUCCCAGCUGACUUUGGGCGACAGGCGGGGUAUACCCUGGACUGGUCGCCAGCCAAUCGCAGGGCACAUAUAGACAAACAACCAUUCACACUCACACCUAUGGACAAUUUAGAGUCGCCAAUUAACCCAACAUGCAUGUUUUUGGAAUGUGGGAGGAAACCGGAGUACCCGGAGAAAACCCCCCCCACACACACGGGGAGAACAUGCAAACUCCACACAGAAAUGCCCAAGGGAGAAUCGAUCCCAGGUCUUCCCGAUCUCCAGACUGACACACAACUAAAUAUGUCUUAUAUUUUGGACAUGUUUUAUGUCUUAGGUCUUUUUUGAUAGCGCUGCAAACACUUGGUGUUCCUCUCAAUGAGCUUCACGGCGUAGUCACCUGAAAUGGUUUUCACUUCACAGGUGUGCCUUGUCAGCAUUACUGAGUGGAAUUUCUUGCCUUAUUAAGGUGGUUGGGACCAUCAGUUGUGUGCGUCCAAACUUUUGGCCUGUACUGUAUGUGCUCUGAAAGUCAUUCUAGUUAUACCUGAUUAUCUGUUGUCAUAUGAAGUUGGUCCCCACCGAGAGCACACAGCACUGCACGUCCUGAAAGCAGAAACAUAGUCAACAGGAAAUACUCAACAUGCAUUUUCAUUCACUCAUUGCAUGCAAAUGUGUUGACAAUUACGCCAUUAGACGGCCCAUUGACCAACUCAUUAAGAUUGUUUUCACAAUUAAUAGUUUAAUCAUUACUGUGCUACACAUCUUACUACCAGCUACAUGGUAAAGCAAGGUGUACUGUCAGUAGUUGAGAAGUCUGGUCUUACCUACAGGCAGCAUUUAAGCCUUUGGUAGCUGCUGCCUGCUAGCCUCAGGCUUCUGUUCUCACUCUCCCCUGCUUCAAUGAUCCUGGCGAUGACUGCUACUUCUCUCCCUCAGCUGGCUUCCAUGGCUAGCCUCACAAGACUUUGCAUGUAAGCUAGCAUCCUCCAGAUGUUCUGUGCUGCGCUGCGCUCAGGGUUGAGUCUGUACCCUCACGUGUCCCUCAACCAGUAGAAGGCGCAUGUAUUUAUGGCUCUCGCCAUGUGGUGACUAUUGCAUGGAUGCUCAUACAACAGACCUCAACCCAGCUGUAUGCAUCAAUUUUCAUACCACCCCUCCCCAAAACCACUAAAAAGGAAGCUAAAAGUUUGUUUAAAAAAACUGAAAGUUUGUUUAUUUCAGCUUGACUUGGGUGCAAUUACAAAUAAAACCAGAUUUUGAACAAAACAAAAUCUACAUAAAACCCUCAUUGGAAUGCUUGCUUUCCAGAAACAGAUGAAAAAACACAAGAACGCUUAAAUGAAAACCCUCCACAAUUUAGCUAUUGUACAACAUCUCUUGUAGCAGCUGUAAUCUGCCACAAGUGUUUGGCUGAGCAGAUUUAGGAGGUAAACCUGCAGCUGCCCUGUCACUUCCUCUCCUUGCUCUCCUCUUGCUGUCACUUCCUCUCCUAAGUACUCAGUCCUGUUGAACAAUACGGAACAACAUUGUUAACUGUGCACUGACUUGAUACGACCUGAGAUCCAGAGUGAUUUUUUUUCCAAAUAUUGGUAUGAGAACUGCACAA